UAUGUGCUAUGAUACCAAAAUAGCCAAUUUAAUUUCAUGGAGGUGCAGAUCUCUAUAAUAAGCUCCGCAUAAUUUUCGUUGUUCAAUUUUGAGGAAAGGGAUUUCUUUUUACGAAGAAGGUUCCGUAAAAUUUAUGAAACUCGAGAGCAGCUAAUCUCUCCGGAAAAUUUCCCGUCGACCUUUCCAGGAACCCAGGUUGACAAUUUUGAGAUUUUUAAUUGGAUCUCGCCAUAACCAAACACUUUUCUGGUUUUUCGCAGCUGGGAAAUAUUUUCCCGGAAAAUCAUAUUCCGUUGAAGCUAUCGUUCGAGCUUGAUUUCAGAAAAUUUCAUCGGUGUUAACUCCAAUUUUUAGGAAUUUCGAUGUGGGUCGUCGAGUUUUUGUUCAAAAUUUCGAUCUUGAUCGUAAUUAAGAGACGGGGUUUUCCGCGGUUCGUGCAUAAGAAUCGGCAUAGUGUUUGCGUCGAAAUGUUGUAAUCCUGCGCGCUGUUGUACGGUCAAUCCAUGGUUGAUGAAGGAGCUCGAGCGUCUGGUUACGCCAUUGUUUCUGAUGAUUGAAGCGUUUCGUGAAAUGAAAAGGAGCAGAUAUGAUUGGAAUGCCGAUUCGGCGACGAAUGUGUAAUCGUAAUAGGAGUUGUUUGAUUUUCUGGGUGGUUUUGCUUUCUGGGUUCUUAGUGAUAAGCUUGGAAAAGAACUCAGAGAAUGAGAAGACUUUCCUCAGACAAUUCAUCGUCCCUGAUGAGCGAAUGGUAGAGUCAUUACUGACAAAUUGCGGGCAAGAUGUAGACUGUGUGAAGGAGGCUGUUGAGGAAUUCAACUUAUGUUUACCGGUAGCAAAAGAUAACGUCGAGAAACAUAUCUUUCUUGAUUGCGUCGGGAAAAGCAGAAAGGCUCUUGAUGUAUUUGGACACAAAGUUGGGUUUGAGAUUCAUCGUGAUAAGUAUCUCAAGGUCUCGUUGUCUUUGCCUAGUGCUCCAAGGAGGAAUCUUGCCUCUAAGCCUAGCCCCGGCCCUUCCCCAUCUCUUGGUACCUUUGCCCCUUCUCCCAAGCAUAGUCGGAUCCCACCUACUCGUGCAAGAGCACCCUCCCCUUGGAACUCGUUCUUUCCUCCAAAAGUUAAUAUGAGACCUCCUCCUCCUCCUCCUCCCGCUAAGAAAAACUCUUCUAGCAAUUCACGGCCUGGUCCGGGUAAAGGAGGAGAUGACAACCAUAAAACAGUCAUCAUUGCGGUUAUUGUAACUGCGGUUGUGACAUUUAUGUUUGCUGCAUUGUGCUUCUUGUGUUGUAUGAAGGUAUUUGGACAUCGUUCAGGAGGCAAGCAAAAUGAUGAGCGGCCUCUUCUCAGUCUAAGCAUGAAUGAUUACUCUGUCGGCUCCUCACUCAAGUAUGGGGGUUCAACUAGAGGUGAAAAGCUUGGUGAUAAUGAAGCCUUCCAUAUUUAUUCAAACCAAUGGAAAAAGCCGGAGAGCAAUUUUUUUAUGGAUUCUGAUUCUCUGAAAGAACGAAAUCCGAACGAUCUGGAUAUGCCACCUCUAGCUCUGAAACCCCCACCGGGCAGGGUAGGUUCUAAUCUUUCAGAGCAGCCUCCUUUGAACCCGCCUCCUGGAAAGGUGGAACCGCUUCCCCCAGAACCACCCACGUUUCUUAAGGUACCUCCUAGUGCAUCUGCUCCUCCACCACCAGCUCCUGCCCCUCCACCUCCAAAACCCUCUACGGGUCCCCCACGACCGCCUCCUCUGGCUGCUCCACCCGGGCCUCGGCCUCCUCCUCCCCCAGCCGCUCCGGGACGUAAGGGAUCUCGUCCUCCUCCACCAUUGGCUCCACCAGGACUGAAAGCUCCCAGACCGGCUUCUGGAUCCGUAAAUCCUGUAGAGGAUGAUGCUCCUAAGACUAAGUUGAAGCCUUUUUUCUGGGAUAAAGUGCAAGCGAGCCCUGACCAUUCAAUGGUUUGGAAUGAGAUAAGAUCAGGAUCUUUCCAGUUCAACGAAGAGAUGAUAGAGUCACUAUUUGGAUAUGCAGCUGGAGACAAGAAUAAAGGUGAAAAGAAAGAUUCGUCUUCCCAACCUGCAUUACCACAGUUCGUUCAGAUUCUUGAGCCAAAGAAAGCACAGAAUCUAUCUAUUCUUUUGCGUGCUUUGAAUGCAACAACUGAAGAGGUUUGUGAUGCACUUCAUGAAGGUAAUGAGCUUCCAGUAGAAUUUGUUCAGGCUCUGUUGAAGAUGGCACCAACAGCUGAUGAGGAAUUAAAGCUGAGAUUAUACAGUGGCGAAUUAUCACAACUAGGAGCAGCUGAACGUUUCCUAAAGGCGUUGAUUGAUAUCCCAUUUGCUUUUAAGCGACUAGAGGCACUGCUAUUCAUGUGUACUCUCCAUGAAGAAAUGACCUUUGUUAAAGAAUCAUUUGCCACCUUAGAGGUUGCUUGUAAAGAACUUAGAAACAGUCGGUUGUUCUUGAAGCUCCUUGAAGCGGUUCUUAAGACGGGCAAUCGUAUGAAUGAUGGCACAUUCAGGGGUGGUGCUCAGGCUUUCAAGCUGGACACUCUGUUGAAGUUAUCGGAUGUAAAAGGAACUGACGGGAAAACAACGCUCCUCCAUUUCGUUGUUCAAGAGAUAAUCCGGUCAGAAGGCGUGAGAGCUGCUCGUACCACUAGGGAGAGCAAAAGCUUCUCGAGUGUGAAAACAGAAGAUCUUAUGGCUGAGGAAACUAACGAAGAGAUGGAAGAGCAUUUCCGCAAUCUUGGUCUUCAGAAAGUUUCGAGCUUGAGUAGCGAGCUCGAAAACGUGAGAAAGGCUGCAAACAUCGAUGCAGAUGGCUUAACGGGGACUGUUCACAAAAUGGGUUAUGCCUUGUCGAAAGCUCGAGAUUUUCUCAAAUCGGAGAUGAACAGUUCAGGUGAAGAAAGCGGGUUUCAAGAAGCGCUCAAAGAUUUUGUCCAGAGUGCCGAGGCUGACAUCAAGAAGGUGUUAGACGAAGAGAAAAGAAUAACAGUUCUAGUGAGAAGCACAGGAGACUAUUUCCAUGGGAAAGCGGGGAAAGAUGAGGGCUUGCGUUUGUUUUUAAUCGUGCGUGAUUUCUUAAUAAUGUUAGAUAAGGUCUGCAAAGAGGUAAACGACGCAAGGAGGAGGAAAACGAAGACGGCCCAGAAGCAGAGUUCAACAGCUUCAACUUCCUCUGAGACUCGGCAACCGCCUCCUUCAUUAGAUCCUCGACAAAAGCUGUUUCCGGCUAUGGCAGAACGAUGUCUAGACCAAUCUAGCUCAGAUUCAGACAACGACUGAAGCAUAUAAUCUUCGUGGGGAAAGGUAUCAUCUUUUUGUGACAUUCUCAUCUCUGUUUUUUAAACCAGAUAGGAAGCAUUGGUAAUGGCAAACAGUUUAUUUUGAUUAAUGAAAUGUUUCAUGGGAUUGAAGUUGCAGCAAAACAGUAACCGGGACAUGUUGAGUCAUAGGAAUGGUUGAUCCGUUAGUUCUUACAAUACCUAAAAGGGUCAGGACACUGAUAUGAUGAUUUUUUUAUUUGUCUAUGCAUUUCUAGUACACAUUCUUUUACGAGAAAAUUUGCGCAAAUGUGAUAAUUUUGGAGAGAUUGGUAUAAACUAUA